AUCUGUUUACAUUGAAGUGUAGUGUUGUUGAAAGGAACAGAUGUGAUGUUUGGUUUAGUUAUUCCGUCGACAUGUCAUGAUAUAAGACGAUUCAGACGCUCGUUGACAAGAACAAUGCUUAAUUGUGCCUACGCUAUCCUGAACCGCACUUCUUUCGCGUAUUGCAACGAUUCUGUGCAGAACCAGCAUCUAGAAUUGUGUGCAUUUUGUAACAUACAAAGAUCGCGAUUUUUGAACGAUAUGCUGGUAAAACUCGUCUAUAGGGCGACAUUGCUAGCACGACAAUGAAAGCACUCGGAUGCUCUUGUGUUAUAGCUCAGAAUCCAAUUGUUGACAGCAAGCCAUUUGAAACGUUAAGCAACGAGAAAUUAUGCUUCGAGACCAGAUUGUUGCAAAUUUAUUCAACUUGGAUUUCUUUUGUGCGUGUAACUCGUUGGCUGAGAGCUGCAGCACUUGGCGCAUGACAGCCAGCUUUGAAGACUACGGUCGCAAGGCCUCUGCUCAGUGUCUAGCUCUGCCAUGUUUGAAUUGAUAAUGGAUUGUCAUCGACCUGAUAAGGCUCAACUUAGCUGCUU